AUGCGCGUAAUCGAUGAUGCGGCAUAUCAUAGCGAGCAUGACCUCAAUAUGCUGCUAAACUUCGCCACUCUCUGCAGUCGCUUCCGCACGCUUUGUCAAGGCCCAUUUAGUCUUCCAGAACAAACACACCCUAGCCGGGGCUGGUCGGACUGGGUAUUCGCCGAAUCUCGGCGCAGGGUCGCAUGCAUCUGGUUCCUCAUCGGGCAAGUCGUAGUCACCAAAACGGGUAUCCCUUGCGACACGUCGGAAGAAUACCAUUGUCUUCCCCUGCCGGGUGGCCGAUCCCUAUGGGAGUGUCGAACAAAUCAAGGAUGGGAAGCGGAGUACAGCGCAACACAGACAACUAUUCCUGGGAGACAGCUUACGUAUUUUGGGGACUUAAUGGAUGCUCAAAAGGCGAACAGUGACCCAAGCAUGAUUCAGAAGAUGGAUUCCUGGAAUGCAGAGGCUGAUACACUGGGAUUCAUGCUUACGCUAGCUACAGCAAUGGUCUAG